AUGGGUUCAAUUGGCCCAUCCAAAGCCGAGCACCAUCGUGUCAUCAUCGUCGGUUGCGGUCCAGUCGGACUAACGACCGCCACUAAUUUAGCAAGGCUCGGGGUUCCUGUCUUGGUGCUUGAGAGGAAUCAUCAGGUCGAUCAAUCGCCUCGCGCGGCAUCGUAUCAACCAUGUGCGCAAGCAGAACUGCUCGAAACAGGCACUCUAGACGACGUCAAAAAGGAGUCUGUCAUCAACGAUGUGAUUGCAUUCUGGAUCAAAGGCAAAAAGGUGGCCCAUGUGGAGAAGAGAGAAGGAGGCAGCCUCUUCCCUUCCGGCAUCAAUUGUCCUCAGCCACGACUGGCCGCGAUACUCCUGCGCCAUCUUACAACUAAAUAUAACUCGCAAGUGAGAUUUAAUCAAAGAGUCAUUGAGGUCUCUCAGGACGAGAAGCAGACUCUGGUAUCCUUGACCGCUGUGGAUCCCACCACCAACCAAGAGACUUACUAUACCUGCGACUGGCUGGUAGGAGCAGAUGGCGCCGGUUCUAGUGUUCGCAAACUGUCCAACAUCCCCUUUGAAGGUUUCUCCUGGCCCAAAGAAGACUUUGUGGCCACCAAUGUGCGGUUUGACUUCUUUAAACAUGGAUUUCAUACAGCGAAUCUGGUCAUGGACCCGGUUCACUGGGCGGUGGUCACAAUUCUCGACGACACAGGACUGUGGCGGGUGGCGUUUGGUGUCAGAGCGGGCUUGACGAACGACGAAAUACGUGCCGAGCUUGAUGAGCACUACAAACAUAUCUUCCCUGUGUGGCCGGUGGAAUACGAGUUGGUACAGUUGAAUAAGUACAAGCCGCAUCAGAGGUGCGCGCAGACUUUCAGACUAGGUCGGUUAUUGUUGGCGGGUGAUGCUGCACAUAGUAACAAUCCCAUUGGAGGUCUAGGGCUGACAACGGGUCUGCUGGAUGCUGGACCUCUAGGGCGCGCUCUCGGCGCCGUCAUCAACGGCCAAGCCCCAGAGUCACUGCUUGACACGUGGGCCGCAGCUCGUCGGGACAAGUGGCUGAACUUUACGAAUGAAUUCUCCAUUGAAAACAAGCGCAUGUGUCAAUUGGGCGGAUACAGCGACGAUCCCUUGGGGAUAUGGGAGAUCGACGAUGUGGCACGGGAGCACAAGAUGGAGCGAUGGCUGGCCAUGGCGACGCCGGAGAAGAAGGAAGCCGACGCGCGGAUGUACAAGGCCCUGCAGGAUCCCCAGGCGCAGCUGAUCAGCCGGAUGAAGCAGUGGGAGAUCACCAUGGAUCCCAUGUGGAUGGCGCAGUAUGAGGAUCCGGAGCUGGUCAAGUAUCGGGUGUCAUUGAGGCCUGUGGUGCUUUCGGCGCCAGAGGCCGCAACCUAG